AUGGACAUUCGCCACUUCUCUGGAUUGACCAUUCCUGAUGGGGGCAUGCAUAUUGUAGGGGAUGAACUGGGUGAGGCUUUCAUCGUUUUUGCCACUGAUGAAGAUGCAAGGCUUGGUACGAUGCGUGCAGGUGGUACAAUUAAAGGGUCAAAAGUAACACUAUUGUUGCAUAGUAAAACGGAAAUGCAGAAUAUGAUUGAACUGAGUCGUAGGCGUUUUGAAACUGCCAACUUAGAUAUACCACCAGCAAAUGCCAGUAGAUCAGGACCACCACCUAGCUCAGGAAUGAGUGGCAGGGUAAACUUGCCUACGACAGUAUCCAACUUUAACAGUCCUUCGCCCAGUAUAGUUACUGCCACCACUUCUGUUCAUGAAAGCAACAAAAACGUACAGACAUUUUCCACAGCCAGCAUAGGAACAGCUCCUCCAAAUAUGGGGGCUUCCUUUGGGAGCCCGACGUUUAGCUCAACUGUUCCAAGCACAGCCUCUCCAAUGAACACAGUCCCACUGCCACCAAUUCCUCCAAUUCCAGUGAUGCCAUCUCUGCCACCAAUGCCAUCCAUUCUCCCAAUUCCAGUUCCUCCUCCAGUACUUACAUUGCCUCCUGUGCCCUCGAUUCCCCCAGUUCCUUCCGUGCCACCCAUGACCCCACUGCCGCCCAUGUCGGGUAUGCCACCCUUGAAUCCGCCACCUGUGGCACCUCUACCUGCUGGAAUGAAUGGCUCUGGAGCACCUAUGAAUUUGAACAAUAACCUGAACCCUAUGUUUCUGGGUCCAUUUAAUCCUGUUAACCCUAUCCAGAUGAACUCUCAGAGCAGUGUGAAGCCACUUCCCAUGAACCCUGAUGAUCUGUAUGUCAGAGUGCAUGGAAUGCCCUUCUCUGCAAUGGAAAAUGAUGUCAUUUUUUUCCGUGGGCUCCGCGUUGAUGCAGUGCAUUUGUUGAAAGAUCAUGUAGGUUGAAAUAAUGGGAAUGGAUUGGUUAAGUUUCUCUCCCCUCAAGUUACAUUUGAAACUUUGACACGAAUCCAAAUGCUGAUGAUUCAACACUAUGUGGAAGUUAGCCCUGCCACAGAGAGACAGUAGGUAGCUGCUGGAGGCCAUAUCACUUUUAAGCAAAAUAUGGGACCUUCUGGACAAGCUCAUCCCCCUGCUCAGACACUUCCCAGGUCAAAAUCGCCCUGUGGGUAGAAAAGAUCAAGGUCAAGAUCACCACAUGAAGCUGGUUUUUGUGUUUACUUGAAAGGGCUACCGUUUGAAGCAGAAAACAAACAUGUAAUUAAUUUUUUUAAAAAGCUGGAUAUUGUGGAAGAUGGCAUUUAUAUAGCUUAUGGACCCAGUGGGAAAGCAACUGGUAAAGCCUUUGUAGAGUUCAGAAAUGAGGCUGACUAUAAGGCUGCUCUGUGUCAUCAUAAACAGUACAUGGGCAAUCGCUUUACUCAAGUUCAUCCAAUAACUAAGAAAGGUAUGCUAGAAAAGAUAGCUAUGAUUCAAAAAAGACCGCAGAACUUCAGCUGUGACCAGAGGGAAAUGAUACUAAACCCAGAGGGUGAUGUCAGCUCUGCCAGGGUCUGUGCCCACAUAACAAAUAUUCCAUUCAGCAUUAUCAAGAUGGAUGCUCUUCAGUGCCUAGAAGGAAUCCCAGUGGAUGAAAAUGCUGUACAAGUUCUUGUUGAUAACAAUGGGCAAGGUCUGGGACAGGCCUUGGUUCAGUUUAAAAAUGAAGAUGAUGCACGUAAGUCUGAACGCUUAUGCCGUAAAAAACUUAAUGGGAGAGAAGCUUUUGUUCAUGUAGCUACCCUAGAAGAUAUGAGAGAGAUUGAGAAAAAUCCCCCUGCCCAAGAGAAAAAGGGAUUGAAGAUGUCUGUGCCAGGUAAUCCUGCUGUUCCAGGAAUGCCCAGUGCAGGAAUACCUAGUGUCGGAGGUGAAGAGCAUGCCUUCCUGACCGUAGCAUCAAAGGAAGCUGACAAUGGGCCUCCAUUUAACUUUCCUGGUAAUUUUGGUGGAUCAAAUGCCUUUGGGCCACCAAUCCCUCCUCCAGGAUUAGGAGGGGCCUUUGGUGAUGCUAGGCCUGGUAUGCCUUCAGUUGGAAACAGUGGUUUGCCUGGUCUAGGAUUGGAGGUUCCGGGUUUUGGAGGUGGACCAAACAACUUAGGUGGGCCAUCGGGAUUUAGAGGGGGCCCUCAGAAUUUUGGAAAUGGCCCUGGUAACUUAGGCGGUCCCCCUGGCUUUGGAAGUGGACCUCCUGGUUUUGGAAAUGCCCCUGGGCAUUUGAGUGGGCCACCAGCUUUUGGGCCUGGCCCUGGCCCAAUCCAUAUUGGUGGUCCCCCUGGCUUUGGAAGUGGCCCUCCUGGUUUUGGAAAUGCCCCUGGGCAUUUGAGUGGGCCACCAGCUUUUGGGCCUGGCCCUGGCCCAAUCCAUAUUGGUGGUCCCCCUGGCUUUGGAAGUGGCCCUCCUGGUUUUGGAAAUGCCCCUGGGCCUUUGAGUGGGCCACCAGCUUUUGGGCCUGGCCCUGGCCCAAUCCAUAUUGGUGGUCCCCCUGGCUUUGGAAGUGGCCCUCCUGGUUUUGGAAAUGCCCCUGGGCAUUUGAGUGGGCCACCAGCUUUUGGGCCUGGCCCUGGCCCAAUCCAUAUUGGUGGUCCCCCUGGCUUUGCAUCUAGUUCUGGAAAACCAGGACCGACAGUAAUUAAAGUCCAGAACAUGCCCUUUGCUGUGUCUAUUGAUGAGAUUUUAGAUUUCUUUUAUGGCUGUCAAGUAAUCCCAGGUUCAGUGUGUUUAAAGUACAGUGAAAAGGGUAUACCCACAGGUGAAGCCAUGGUGGCCUUUGGGUCUCGGGAUGAAGCCACAGCUGCUGUCAUUGACUUGAAUGACAGGCCUGUAGGUUCCAGAAAAGUGAAACUUGUAUUAGGGUAGCCAUUCACUUCAUUCUUUAUAUGGUAGAUCUUCAUACUGCUGUGAUUAAUGCGUCCAGAUUGUUUUCCUAGUAUUUCCAGGUUAGAACCUGUGGAUUGUUUCAAUUGCAUAUAGCUUGGUUUCCAUAACAUACAGCAUUGGUUGACUGUUUGUAGAAGACUCACUAACCAGGAUAAACAUUGCUGUAUGUUACAGUAAAGCUAUCUGGAGGGAACACAUGAAUGAUUUUGGCAUACCACAGAGAAACCAUUUGUAAAACUCAAAUGACCACAUGCAGCUUGUCAAGGAGUCUAGAUUGGUCUUGUUUUAUACCAUAUGGGGUGAUGAAAAUAGAAAUGUCAGCAGAACUCAUUGAGGGUGCUCUUGCCAGCUGCUGAAAAAUAGAAGUUGGCUACUCUCAGAAUUUGGUUUAAAGCUGGACAGAUUGACUGUUACAGGGUAAAGCUUUGUCUAAAGUCCUCGUUUUCUUUUAAAACUGAAUACAAUUUCUGUAUACAGAUUCGUUGUAUGUACCUUUAUUGCUUCUUGAGGGUCCCUGCUGUAUGGACAGUCCUGCUUCAGAAGUUGCUGCUUUGUCUAAUUGACUCAUUUGUAAAUGAGCAGAACUGUUUUGUUGUGUUUUUUCCUAAAUAUAAAAGUCCACACUUGGUUUGUGCUAUAACCUCGAACUUUGAUUUCCAAUGUCAUACUUAAAACUGUGUGGAGUGAGACUUUUGCCAUAAAAAUGAACUACGGAGUCCUUUACCUACCAGGGCCUUUCUGGUUUGACUGCCGUGUUUCAGGAUAGUUUAAAAACUGUUCAUGUUGCUUGGAUCGAAUCAAAACCAGAAGCCACUUUUAAUAAUGUGUUGAAGACACUGGAUUUGAAGCCCUAUCCAUGAUGGACUUAGUGUACUAUCAAUUUUCUCCUGUCCCAAUUUAUGUGAAAUUUUGGCCUUUAAGUAAAAGAGGGGCCCAUUCAUAGGAAAGAGUGUUAUAUCUAGGUUUUUAAAACAGAAUUUGAAAUUAUAAUUGUUAGCAAUAGUAUUAGAGAAGAAAAGGUCCAUAUGCUGCUUCAUAGAUUGAUAUGUGUUAGUUAGGCUUUUUGUUAUAGUUGUUCGAUCAAGGGCCUGUUUACUAAAAUCCUUCAUACAGAGUAAAAGUGCAGCUGCCAGAGGGGAGAAAAUGGACAUUCUUGACCCUUUCAUUCUCUUCUUUGGCUUACAGGACACUAAAGCAGGAGGAUCACAUGAGUUCUGGAUGGUUAAGUGUCCUUCUCAUGGAAACACUUGCCUUACAAGGCUCUAAUUAUGCCUACUUUCCCUAGUCAGUGCUCUAAAGAUGUGUCACAUUUUAUUAUAAACAAUACAGAAGGGGAGAUAUGUGAGAUGGUAUGCAAAACACAUUUUCUCACUGUCAUUAAAUGCUCUAAUUAUGGUUAGUUUCCCUGGUGAAAAUGCUCUGAAGAUAUGUCACAUUACAUUAUAAACAAUACAGAAGGGAAGAUAGGUGAGAUAUCAUGAAAGACAAUUUAUCUUUAAUGGCUCCUUUGCCUUGAUUUGAAACAUCCCCAACAUUUCCUACAAGUCAGUGUACAUACAAAGGGGUUAGUCUUUUAAAGUAAGUAUUUCCUAUUAAAAUAUAUACAUAUAUAUACAGUGCCUUUUUGGUGCUGGGAGUCUGAACACUGACAUACAGCGGUGUAAUUUAGAGUUAAGAGCGGCAACAGUGUCUUUUGAUAAGAUUUGGAAAGGCUUUUCAAUCACUGCAAUCUUAGAGGAUUGACAGUACAGGAUUUCUGUUUGAGGGAAGGAUUGUUUAGACUCAAGAAGAGGUGACUGCGUUGUGGGUCUUUGGAUAAUUCAUGAAUACAAAUUGGCUUUGACAGAUCACUAGAUACUGCCUCCUCAGCUUAAAAAGCAACAUAACGUUUGUAUAUGCUGUUUAAGUUUCUGUUAAAUAAUCAUGUAUCGAUGCGAAAAACUUCAGCACUGCUUGAGAGUCAUAUUUCCACCACAGAUAUUUUCCCCAUUGGAAAGCUAUUUUCAUUUUAGAAAAAUGGGUUGUUAGAAGAUGAAAGUCUUUUAUCUUUUUCACGAUUUAUUUUGGCUAUAUGUUCAUACAUUCUUAUUAAAUAUUUCAUACACUUUAUUGCAACUAAGAUGUAGUUCAUCUUAGAUAAAUGCCGAAAAGGGAAACUUGAUUUCAUUGUUCAUCUAAUUAGGUACAUUAAGAGCAGUUUGUGUAGAAAUUGGAGAGAACUCUGUUUUAUAUGAAUCACAACAGUGCUCGUUAUGGAAUGUGUUAAAUGCUUUGCCCUCUGGAACUUGAUUUUUGUGUAUCUGAGACUUAUUAACAGUGCUAACUGCUAAGGACACUGUUUACCUUGUUUUGGGUGUUAGAGUUUCAGUUUUUAAAAAGUUCUUGAAAAUGUAUUCUGUGAAACUAUUCAUACCUCUCUUCCUGCGAAUUUUCUCCUGAGAACUAGGUUUGGGGUAGGAAUGAAUUUACAUUAUUUUCUCAUUUGCUUUGUAUGGUAUGAAGGAUUUGUAAAGCUUUGCUCAAAGUUGUGUGCAUUUGUAAACCUAUCAUGAUAUUUUCAAUUUUAUGUGUAUAUUUUAUUGUCUGUUUUUGGUGAUUCCGACAUUAAUGGAAGAGAAUAUUUUCCAUUAGGUUUAAUUUUUUUCUGAUUUUUUUUAAUUGGUGUUCAUUUUUCUUUUGAUUUAAAGGAUUAGAGAAAUCUACAAAUGUAUGUCACAAAUAAGCAAAUCUGUAAACUUUUCUUUAGUGAAACAUUUAAUUCACAAGCAUAAUUUGGAGGUGUGUUCUGUGUUUACACUGUAGUUUGGAUAUACAAUUAUUAGUGGCUUUUUAAAAAAUGAAACGGUGUUAAGUGAAAUGUAGUUCCUAGCUUUGUACUCCAAGUGGUCAAAGCAUCAACAAUGAAAGUUCCAUUAGGAAACUUUUUAUUUAAAAUUUAAGAUAGUAAUUAAUAUUCAGUAUAGUUAAGGGCAGACUUAACCCACUGGAUGAAAAUCUAGGACUAUAUGGAAGUAAGCAAACAGACAUUUUUAGGUGGAAAGAGUCAAUCAUGCAUAGAAAUAAGGAUGCGUGAAAGCCUUAAACUCCAGCUCCCUUUUACUGGAGUCUGUGAGUGUGUACAGGUAUGGGUCAAGUGUGUAAAAAUAAAAUCUCAUCUAUUUUAAGAAUACUCGGGAAAUGAGUAAAGAAAUGUAAAAUUGCUGCUAAUCAAAUUUUUUGGAAAGAAUUUCUGGAAGUGGUCACUUUAAAAAUUAUUUUCCACCCUUGCAAAAUUGCCACAUUUCAAUUGUUUUACUGGCGGUUCUAUAGUAGUCCAGACUUUAGAAACCAAACACAAUAAAAUGGCUUGUUGCCAAUAUGGCCACAACGCUGCUACUGCCGUAGCAUCAUUCAGCAGAGGUUUUUGUUUAUAAAGAUGAAGUCUUGAAUACUGUUCAAUAAACUUGUCAAAAAAUUAAAAAAAAAACAGUUUACCAAUAUGCCUGAUUAGAAUGUGAAAGACUGAAUUCUGAGUGUGUUAAGAUGGUAUCGAUCACGUUGGUGUCAUGUCACUAAGUUUAAUGCUGCUGUUUUUAAAAACAAGUUUUUUGUUUUUUUUUGUUUUUUUUUUUUGAGACGGAGUUUCGCUCUUGUUACCCAGGCUGGAGUGCAAUGGCACGAUCUCGGCUCACCGCAACCUCCUCCUCCUGGGUUCAGGCAAUUCUCCUGCCUCAGCCUCCUGAGUAGCUGGGAUUACAGGCACGCGCCACCAUGCCCAGCUAAUUUUUUGUAUUUUUAGUAGAGACGGGGUUUCAUCAUAUUGACCAGAAUGGUCUCGAUCUCUUGACCUCGUGAUCCACCUGCCUCGGCCUCCCAAAGUUUUUUUAAAAAGCCAAUCUAUGUACUAAAUUGCUUCCAGGUAAUUUUUGAUUUCCUGAAGUGCACUGAGGUUAUCUGGAAGAUUGGGUGUAUUUUUUGGUGACUGCUGCAUUCAUCAGCAAUGAACAGCUUCCACUGUAUGGUCCUAGGGGUUAAGGGGUUGGGGGUUUUCAUUUUUCCAUUCCUCAACACAGAGCAGAAAUGAUAGAUUUUGGUUGUGUGGGGUAAUGUUGGUAUGCCGCAAAGGAACCUAAACGUUUGGUCUUGUUUCAGAAGCCUAACAGAUUGCUAGGCAAGAGAAAAACUUGAAGAAAAAAGAAGCUUGAUUUCAUGCUUCAUAAGUAGCAUUUAGAUUUAUAGCACCAAUGUACAUUUUGAAACUUUCUUUCAGCG